AUGGCUGGUGUUAAGAAGGUCAGUGAGAAGAAUCUGUUGGACCGCAUCCGCGCCUUCCAGCGCAGUGACAAAGCCAACAAGAAAUGUGCUGAUUGCACUGAGGUCGGGCCAACGUAUGUGUGUCUCUCCUUCGCGACCUUCGUGUGCACCACAUGCGGUGGACUUCACCGCGAAUUCAGCCACAAAGUGAAGGGCAUUUCCGUUUCCAAGUGGACCGUGGAAGAAGUGGAAGACAUCGAACGCGGUGGAAAUGCGAAAGACGCUGAGAAGUUCCUGGCUUCCUGGGAUCCCCGUGAUUUCCAAGAGCCGGAUAGCACCGAUCAAGCCAAGUGCCGGGACUUCAUCAAGAUGAAGUACAUAGAAAAGUUGCUAGGAAUGGGGAUCGUCAUGAAAGAGAUCGCUUUGAACAGCCUCGUGAUCGUGACGGUGCAGGUGGCGACCGGAGCACCAGAGAAAGAAACGACGGCAGAGACAGACGUGCCGACGACCAUUUGGAUUCGCGAGGAGAUCGCGAGCGGGAACGCAGAAGAUCCCAUGACGAUCCUCGAGACGCAGAUGACAAUCGAGAUCGUCGCGUACAGGGACAAAGAGGAGAUUGGCCGAAAUCGUCGGGAUCCUGACUGGAACGACGACGAACGCGGGAAGAUCGCCGAGAUCGAGAUCACAGGAAGCCGCGAACGGUUCGAAGAUGAUGGUGACCGUCGGCAGAGUGCUGGACGGGAGCCGGGACGGAACCAGAGGAGUGACAACGAUUUCUUUCCAGAUGGAAUGCAGGCGCCACCUGCUGCCCAGCGUGGGGCAGGAGAGCAAUCGAGCGCCGACUGGGGUGACUUCUCGGGCGCAGGAUUGCUGGACCUGGACCUUGACUUCACUCAGGCUCCUCAGGCUGCACCUGCGCCUGUUAGCCAAGCUCCGCAAGAAGUGCAGGUGGUCACUACGGCUCGAUAUUCCGCGUUCGAUGAUCUUUGUGAUCCUCCGAGCUCAGCCGCUGUCCAGGCCUAUGCAGCCCAUGGCGAUGCAGAUGGGAGUGCAGUGCCCGGUGUCCCGGGACAGCAGAUGCCGCAGAUGCCUAUGUUGACCCCGCAGCAGAUGCAGCAGAUGAGCCCGGAGCAGCUCAUGCAGUGGCAAAUGACGAUGCAGAAUCAGAUGCAGAUGAUGAUGCAGAUCAUGCAGAGCAAGCAGGGCAACAGUGUUGGUCAAAUGCCAUUGUUGCUGCCGCUCCGGCUGCGCAAAUCAAUGCUGCAAGUUGUGGAGGAUGCGGUUUCAGUGCGGCUCCUGCAGCUCAGGCCAAUGCAGCUCCGGCUGAGUCUUCGAACCCCUUCGGGCUUUUCUGAGCAGAGUGUCUCCAGAUUUGCAUUUCCCAAUGCGGUUGUGCAAUCUUACGGAGCUGCGCAGAUCAAGCGUGCAGCUGGCUCGAACGCUUUCCCGCGUGUCACCUCGGCAUCUCUGUGUACUUGGCUCAAGUUCAAGACCGUGAGAGCCAGCAGUGUCCGACGGCUGGCCAGAGCUGAAGAUGUGCUUGCAAAGGUCAAAGAUGCUGGCGGAACCGGCAGCACCGGCAACGGAAACUCUGAUCUCUUCGGCCGCAUCGAUGCCAACAACGAUGGAGUGGUCUCUCGUGAGGAGUUUGAGAGGGCUAUGGCUAUGCAGGCCCAGGGAGAUCCGACGCUCACAAUGUCUGCACCAACGAACACACAGUUGGACAUCAGUACCCUCGAGCCUGUGCUUACGCGCACUCGGGAUCCCAUCCGCAGCCAGAAGGGCGUGCACACGAUCCAGGGACAGAUACACACGCAGAAGAUCGAGGUUCCAAGCGAACGUGGACCUUACACCAACAUUCAGACUAUCCACGCGAGAACGAUGAUGACGAAGGAGGAAGCGGAGGCCGUGUAUGUCACGGGAGCGACAACGGAAGUUGAUGUGGCUCCGCAGGAGGUCCGAGUGGUGGAGGAGAACCUUGUUCCUGGCGAGCUGACGCAGCACAUUGUGGAGGUACCGACCAUUCAGGAGAUCAUCACGGAGCAGGAAGUUCCGGAGGUCCAGAUCGUCAAGAGAUUCAAGCAAGUCGCUGAGGACGGGCAGCUCGUCGACUUGCCAGGCCCGGGAGCGCCGCAGCCAGCUCCAGCACCGCAGAUGACCUUGCCGCCUAUCACCGUGCAAGCGGCGCCGGUGCCGGCGCCCGCACCAGCGCCAGUCGCAGCGGCGCCAGCACCAGCACCGGCGCCAGCAACAGCACCGGCACCUGCCUUGCUGGAUGCUCCCGCAGAGCCAAUGCAGGCGCCGGUGCUGACCCAGACGACGCCCUCGGUGGCGGCGCCCAUCGUUGGGCAGGUGGUGCAGGCCCCUCCAAUCUUCGUGAUGGUGGCACCUCCAGUCUUCUUGGAUGCGGUACCUUACAAGGAGGGCCCCAAGCCAGGCCAGCCAAUCGUGGAGAAGCCUGUCAUCAUCCCCAAGGAGAGGGUUGUCCACCAGCAGGUGGAAGAGGUGGUGGAAGUACCGGUUCCAGUUGUUCAGGAGGAAAUCGUGCAUGUGCCAAAAGUCAUCACAGCCACUAGGCAAAAGCAGGUGGCGGUGGAGCAGAUCGUGGACAUUCCUGUGCAUCAAGAGCAGGUAGAGAUCGUGCAAGUGCCGAAGAUCGUCGAGCAGAGGCAGAGAACUGUCAUGAAUCAGGUGGAAGAGGUGGUGGAAGUGCCAGUUCCAGUUACCCAGGAGGAGGUAGUCCAUGUGCCAGUGGUGAAGACGGCGACACGCCAGCGCCAGGUGCAUGUGGAGGAGAUCGUGGAUGUCCCAAUAAUUCAGGAGCAAGUGGAGACGGUGCACGUUCCAAAGGUAGUUCAGCAGCGCCGGCUCUUCCAAACCCAGGUUGAGGAGGUGGUUGAGGUGCCAGUCCCCAUCAACCAGGAAGAGAUCGUGCACGUGCCGAAGGUGAUGGAGCAGGAACGAGUAACGAACUUUCACGUUGAGGAAUGGGUCGACAUCCCAAUCGAGUCUCGCGUGGAGAAGAUCGUCCACGUCCCCGUCAUCCACGAAGAGCAGAGAAUUGUUCAGAAUCCUAUCGAAGUGGUUGUGGAGGUCCCGCAGCCCCAAGUCGUGGUCAAGGUGGUGGAGGUUCCAAAGAUUACCGUUGAGGAGAAGAUCAUCAAGGUACCGAAAAUCACGCACACCGUGGUGGACACUGUUGUCCAGAAUCAGCUGCAGGUAGUGGAGGUGGAGAAGCCAACGGUCGUGCACAAGACCGUCCAGCGAAAGAAGCCCGUGAUCCACGAGGAGAUCGUGGUCAUCCCCAAGGUCUCGAAGACGCCUCAGGCUGUGCCUCAGCCAAUGCCUCAAAUGGCACCGCCUGCGGAGCCCGAAGCCGUGGCCUUCCCUGCGGCCGUGGCAGAGCCCAUGCAGAGCUUGGCUCCCGAGGAGCCGCCAUCCGAGCCCAUGGAGCCAUACGAGAUGGAGGUGCCGCAGAUCGAGUGGAUUGACAAGGUGGUCGAGGUUCCUGUUCAGAAGAUCGUAGAGGUACCUCAGCCCAUGGUGGUCCAGAAAGAGGUCGAGGUGCCGGUUGUGGAGUACGUGGAUCAGGAAGUCGAGCUUCCCCAGGUCGCUCACAGACACGUGCCCAUGGUAAAUGUGGUGCAGAAGACGGUAGAGGUCCCACAGGUCGAGUACGUGGACAACGUGGUCGAGGUGCCGGUCCAGAAGCAGGUCAUGGUUCCACAGGUCACCACCAUCCAAAAGCACGUGGAGGUGCCACAGGUGGAGUACGUCGACCAGGAGGUCGAGGUGCCCGUGCAAAAGUACCGACAUGUGCCUCAGGUGCAGGUGAAGCAGCACACUGUCGAAGUCCCUCAGGUGGAGUGGAUCGACGAGGAAGUGCAGGUUCCAAUCCAGAAGCAAGUGCAUGUCCCGGUUGUGAACACCAGCCAGAGAGCUGUUGAGAUUCCACAGAUCGAGUACGUGGAUCGACAUGUCCACAUCCCUAUUCAGAAGGCCAGGCACGUCGGCGUGACCAGCCAGGUUGACAGGGCUGUGGAGGUUUCCGUGAUUGAGACGUUGGAAAAAGUGGUCGACGUCCCAGUCAUCAAGCAGGUGACUGUACCAACCACGCAGACCAUCGAAAAAAUAGUCGAGGUCCCCUUCAUUCAGACUGUGGAGAAAAUUGUGGAGAUUCCAAUGGGCGGCGACACAAAGACCGGCGUUACCAGAGUGACGCAGGUGAACCUCGAGCCCAUCCGGCAGAAGAUGGAUGAAAACGUCGUCCAGCAGGUUCUAGCCGGACCUCCCUUGCCAGCCGAAAUGCGGUCAGCACAGGUGGUGAUGGCCAGCGCAUGGUUGAGCUAUGGGAGCUCAGUCAGCGGCCUCACUGUGCCUCACUUCGAUGCAAAUGGAGAAAUCCAAUCACAGCAGAGCACCGCAGCGAUGGCGCCCCAAGACGAGCGCGCCAAGGAGCUGCUCCUCGAGGCAAAGCGCCUUGUCGGGCAACUGAAGGCCUUCGAGGCCUUGGCUCCAGCGCAGGAGGCACUGGGCAUCUUCCGCGAGCUCAAUGACCAGGUGAGCAUCGCGCAAGCGUUGCGUCCUGUGCUCAUAGCGCAGCUAACUCGCGGCGAGUUGAAGCCAGAAGAGGCCCUUACAAAGGUGAAGGAGGAGGCCGCAAAGGUUAAACGCACUGCGCGAGACGGCCGCCGUGCCGAGGCAGCCAUGCAGGUUACACUGGCUGCGGUCCAGCUUGCGAAGGCAGAGCCCGUAAAAGCUGUUGUCGCCGCCGCCGAUGCAGAAGCAUACUUUCAGCGGGAGGAGGACUAUCCCGCUCUUGCAGAUGUGCUGCUGGAGGUCGUGGCCCCUGCACACCUGCAGCGAGGUGAUGGCCAGAAGGCCAUGGACGCGGCAAACCUCGUCCUCGAUGUCGCUCAGAAGGUGAAGGAUCCAGAGGUGGAGGCGCGCGCCUGGGGCCUCGUGGCAGCCGGUCGUUUCGCAGCUUCCGCAGAGGAUGCAACGGAGGCUGCCCGCAAAGCGUUGGACCUCUUCCGGAAGCUCGGCAGCCGCGUGGGUGAAGCGCAAAUGCUCAUCGAGCUCGCGCGCGGGCAGCUGGCGCGACAGGACGCCCUGGCAGCCCUGGCGUCGGCCAGAGAGGCCCUGAAGGUGGCCCGGGAGGCCGGGAGCUGGGCACAGGCCGGCAAGGCGAGCGAGGCCAUGGUGGAGGCCCAGCUUCAAGCCGGCCAGCCGCAAGCCGCGCAUGAGGAGGCCGAAGAGCAGCUCAGGUGGAUCAGCGAAGUGACACCCGACUACAGCAGCAAGAAGGGUUUAGCAUCUGCGAUGUCUGCGGUGGUCGUGGCGACGGCAGUCUUCAAAGGUGGAGAUGCAGGUCUGGAAGUUGUCAAGAGCUAUGCUGGCCACCUGGAACGACAUCAUCGCAUGUUCCGCAUUCUUCACGGAGACUGCGCACCGCCAGUGCUUUUGCGUCAAAUUCACAGUUUUUUUUCGAUCAUCGUUUUGAUGUCGAACUCCACAUCACUCCACUGUGGCUCAAGCUGGAACCCCAUCGCCCGGCUGUGA